GGAUUAUGAUGGGAAGAUAACUGAUGAACGCGCGUUUUUUAUUCUGCACUGCUAAAGUAUAAAAUUUGAUAACCUUCAGUGCUUAAAAUAUGCAACUGGACUACACAACUAUUGAACUUUGCAGGUACAGAUAAUAAAAUAAUGCUACGAAAUAAAAAAUACGUGUACGGCUCGGGUUCGGCGAUGGUUCCCGCUUAUCUUCAUUUUGGUAUUCUAAUAUUGGAGAAGUUUAAAUUAUUUAAGGAAGAGAUUGCUUUGUUAGAUGCACAUUCUGGCGCUAAAAUGUCUUACGGUGAGAUGGCGCAGAUGUCAGUGGAUAUAGCGCUGUCCCUCACUCGCAUAGGAGUGAGAAAAGAUGUGAUCUGUAUUUGCUCUGAAAAACGUAUGGAGUUUAUACCAACAUUGAUAGGAAUAUUGUGCGUUGGAGCUACAUUCACGACAGCCGAUAUUAGUUGUAAGAAUGCUUCAAUUCUUUGUCGUAUAAAUAUGACAAGACCAAAAAUAAUGUUCUGUUCGUAUACCACAUAUAAAAUACACGAGGAAACUUUCAAGUCUGUGGCAACAUUAGAGAAAAUUAUUGUCUAUGGAGACAAGCCUGUGAUUGGAUGUAUACUCUUCGAGAAUUUUCUGACGGAGCAUGCCCAUAUAGAAGAUUUUUUAGCAACAUCAGUAAACGGUUGGCAUGAUACAGCAUUGAUAUUGUAUUCUUCCGGCACAACGGGACAACCAAAGGCCGUCCCCCUUACACACCUUAAUUACAUUCUUUGUCACCAACAUGGACUUUGUAACAGUCAACACACAAAAACAAUGAUGCUUAGUACUAGAGAGUGGUACUAUACAUACGGGCUAAAUCACACGAUAGGAACAUUGCUCGUAGGUGCUACUGUGGUCUACACAAGAGACCAGAUCACUGACUAUUUAAAAGCCAUCCAAGAUUACAAGAUUAGCAUUAUACAAUUGGUUCCAACAACAAUUAGAGAACUCGUCAAUUCUAACCUACAAAAUUAUGACGUAUCUUCAUUACUCUGUAUGAUGUCUACAAGCACUCCAAUAGACGCAGAUUUAAUGAAAACUGCAUUGAAGAAGUUCCCAAAACUCAAACAAAUCUCUCAAAUGUACGGUAUGACUGAAGCUGGUUGUUUAUGUGACGAUUUAAACACACCUAAAGGUCCCAAACAAGGAAGUGUUGGUUGUGUCAACCCAGGAGUUGUUUUUAAGGUGGUAGAUAUUAAUACAAGGGAACCUCUAGGACCGAAUGAGACAGGCGAAAUAUGCUUUAAAACUCCAUCUUUGAUGCCAGGUUAUUUAGGGGAUUUAUCUCAAGAUUAUUUAGAUGAGGAAGAUUUCUUUAAAUCCGGAGAUAUUGGGUACUACGAUGUAGAUCGCUAUUUCUAUGUAACGCAUAGAAUAAAAGACGUCAUCAAAUACAAAGGAGCCACGGUGUCUCCCAGGGAGAUAGAAGCAGUACUUCUGCAGUAUCCAGGAGUUAGGGAAGCUUGUGUGGUAGCAGUCGACCAUAGACACGGCGAAGUUCCCGCUGCGGCUGUAGUGGGUGAUGACGUCACUACAGAGGAACUUAUGACAUUUGUGGCUGAACAGUUGACAUCAAUCAAAAUGGAAGGUGGUAUAAAGUUUGUUGAUUAUUUACCGAAAGUCGCAGGCGUUAAAUUGGAUAGGAAAGCAGUUAGAGAUUUGUUUGAUAUCUAAAUUCUGAUUAGUAAUAUAUUUAAUAAAUAAUUUUGAUUAAAAUUCUAUAUUAGGUAUAUGGUAACUGGAAAAUGGCGUGUUUUAUAUGACGAUUUAGGAAGUUUAUGCCAACAAGAUUUCGUGGCUUUUUUUUUAUAUCGCUUUUUGCUUUUUGAAAUCACUGAAACUACGAAGCGACCGCUGCCCAUAGACAUACGCAAUUGCAUAUGCGUCGCCCACCUUCAAU